GAAUUUACGCCAUUUUUGAUUUCUUUUGUACCUGAGGUUGAGAGUGGACAGUAGGUUCUGUCUUGAAGGCUCAAUCAUGAAGGCAACAGACAGUGGAAUACGGCUCCCAGCUUUCUUGCCAAAGCUAUCUCACGAUAAACAGGUUUUGGCAUUGAAGCUCAUUAUUCUUUCCAUCGCAGUUAUUCUUUCAUUUUCUACAAGAUUGUUCUCUGUGUUGCGGUUUGAAAGUGUUAUUCAUGAGUUUGAUCCGUACUUCAACUUCAGAACUACAAAAUAUUUGGCCGAAGAAGGCUUUUAUCAGUUUCAUAACUGGUUUGAUGACAGAGCAUGGUACCCACUCGGAAGGAUUAUAGGAGGCACAAUUUAUCCAGGAUUGAUGGUGACAUCAGCUGUUUUCUAUCACAUCAUGCACUUCCUUAAUAUCACGAUUGAAGUCAGGAAUGUGUGUGUGUUUUUGGCACCAUUCUUCUCAUCACUCACUGUUAUUGUCACCUACUUUCUGACCAAGGAAUUAAAGGAUGCUGGUGCUGGUUUGAUUGCCGCUUCUAUGAUUGCAAUUGUUCCAGGCUACAUCUCAAGAUCAGUCGCCGGUUCUUAUGAUAAUGAAGGCAUUGCCAUCUUUUGCAUGUUGUUGACAUAUCUUCUUUGGGUUAAAUCUGUCAAGACAGGAUCACUUGCUUGGUCAUCACUCUGUGCACUUGCUUACUUUUAUAUGGUUUCUUCAUGGGGAGGAUAUGUUUUCUUGAUCAACUUAAUUCCAUUGCACGUGCUCAUUCUCAUGGUGACUGGAAGAUUUUCACAUCGAAUUUACGUCGCAUACAGCACGGUUUAUUGUCUAGGCACAAUAUUGUCUAUGCAGAUAUCAUUUGUAGGAUUCCAGCCUGUCCAGUCUAGUGAACACAUGGCAGCAUUCGGUGUCUUUGGUCUGUGUCAAAUCUACGCCUUCAUCGACUACUUGAGAUACCGUCUGACUGGGCCUUACUUCCAAAUCCUCUUUAAAAGCUUGAUGCUGAUUGGCUUGGCUAUAGCCACUGUUCUUGGCGUUAUUCUCACAAUAACAGGCAAAGUUUCACCCUGGACUGGAAGGUUCUACUCUCUGCUCGAUCCAUCUUAUGCGAAGAACAACAUCCCCAUCAUCGCAUCAGUUUCUGAACAUCAGCCCACAACUUGGUGCUCAUUCUAUUUUGAUCUACAGCUUCACGUCUUUAUGUUCCCUGUUGGCCUUUACUAUUGUUUCAGUAAGCUCACGGAUGCAAAUAUUUUCAUCGUUAUGUAUGGAAUUACAAGUGUGUACUUCGCGGGUGUCAUGGUGCGUUUGAUGUUGGUUUUGGCACCAGUUGCUUGCGUCCUUUCAGGAAUUGGUAUCUCAUCAAUCCUUUCCACAUACAUGAAGAAUGUCGAGUUGACCCCGAAGCCAGUGACUGAUAAGAAAUCAAGAAAGAUGGCCGACACAUCAUAUCCGAUCAAGAAUGAAGUCUCCAUCGGCAUGGUCAUGUUGAUGACAUUCUUUCUCAUAACAUACGCUUUCCAUUGCACCUGGGUGACGUCAGAGGCAUAUUCAUCCCCAUCAAUCGUUUUAUCUGCAAGGCAACAUGAUGGAUCAAGAAUAAUUUUCGAUGAUUUCAGAGAGGCAUAUUACUGGCUGAGGCAAAAUACUCCGGAGGAUGCAAAAGUGAUGUCGUGGUGGGAUUAUGGUUACCAAAUCACUGCAAUGGCAAAUAGGACAAUUCUCGUUGAUAACAACACAUGGAACAACACUCAUAUUUCCAGAGUCGGCCAGGCCAUGUCUUCGACAGAAGAUAAAGCGUAUGAGAUAAUGAGAGAGCUUGAUGUCGACUACGUUCUCGUUAUAUUUGGUGGCCUUGUCGGAUAUGCAUCAGAUGACAUCAACAAGUUCCUGUGGAUGGUGCGAAUUGGAGGCAGCACAGAAAAGGGCAAACAUAUUAAGGAGCAAGACUACUACACAUCAUCUGGUGAAUUCAGAGUUGACAAGGAAGGGUCCCCUGUGCUGUUGAAUUGUUUGAUGUACAAAAUGUGCUACUAUCGAUUCGGCGCUGUUUACACAGAGCAAGGAAAGCCAAGCGGAUAUGACCGAGUUCGCAAUGUGGAAAUUGGAAACAAGGAAUUCGAAUUAGAUGUUUUGGAAGAAGCUUACACAACUGAGCACUGGCUUGUUAGAAUCUACAAAGUUAAAGAUUUGGAAAACCGUGGUACAUAAAGAUCUCUUGCAGAAGCUGUAAUGGGGAAAACCCAAUUAAUAGAACUUGGUGAUAACAGUAUUUUGAUAGUAUCUUUAUAUUAUAAAUGAUUUUACCAUUUUCAUGGAAAUAAUUUCCUCGUUAAUUUU